AAUGUAUUUGGUAAGAAACUGAAAGCAACUCGUCUAUCGGAAAAACAGUAGCAAUAGCAUGUCAGUCCGGCUAGCCUGACUUUAAUUCUUAUACGAGGGAUCACUUCGAUUUUUAUUUCGCUUUGGUGUUGUAAACAUCAAGAAUAUGGAUCCUCAGAUCUUUCACGAGAUUGAUGAGAACCUGACAAGCGGUGAUGUGGACCAGCUGAAGUUUCUGUGCCUAGAUUUCAUUCCCAAAAGGCGUUUGGAGUCAGUGACUGAUGCUAAAGACCUGAUUCUGCGAAUGGAUGAGCAAGGAUUGCUUGAGGAUGAGCUGCUCUUCCCUGAACUUCUGAUUACAAUUGGCCGCAUUGACUUGCUUGAGAUUCUGAAAAAAUCCAAAGAGGAAGUGGAAAGAAAUCUGCUACAAUGUGAUGGUUCUCGUAAAGGUGUCUCAGCCUAUAGAAAGAUGCUAUUGAAGAUAUCUGAGGACAUGACAGAAGAAAACUUUCGUGCAGCAAAGUUUCUUUUGGAUCUUCCAAGGGCAAGGCUAGGAAGAUCUACUUCAUUUCUAGAUGCUUUGGUUGAGAUGGAAAAACAACAGAGGCUUGGGGCAGAUAAUCUGGAUGAACUUUACAGAAUUUUAGAAAAAUGUGACAAACAGCUGGCUAACAUGAUCGAGAGGUUCAGGAAUCAGAGUCACAGAGACCAGGAACAAGUAGGAGGAAGACUUCCUCUAGAAGAAGUGUUUAUCAACAACCCUGUAUCUGAAACAAUGGAGAGAGAAAGGAGGAGAAACUCUUCGGCUGGCACAAUUACUACAGACGCAGAACCUCCAUUAAAUCCAGACGAAUAUUACGUACUGACCCAGCGGCCUCUUGGAUACUGUCUAAUCAUCAACAACUGCAACUUCUUGAAAAGUACUAACCUGCUCAAACGAACAGGCACUGAUAUGGACAAAGAUAGACUUGUCAAAUUGUUUAGCAGAAUGCAUUUCCAGGUUGAGGUACGGAAUGAUCUGGAAGCCUCGGCUAUAAAAGAUGAGAUAAAGCAGUUUGCAAAUAGGAAUCAUGUUUCAAUGGGUGCUUUUGUUUGCUGUAUUCUCUCACACGGAGAGAAGGGCACAGUUUUGGGCACAGAUGGUAAACCAGUUGAAAUCAGAGAAGUCACUCUGCCUUUUGCUGGAUGCAGAACACUAGCAACCAAGCCCAAGCUUUUCUUUAUUCAAGCCUGCCAAGGAGAUGAGGCCCAGGCUGGUGUUUGGACGUCGGAUGGACACGAGGAUGCUCCUGAAGAAGACGAAAAAUAUGAAGAGGAUGCAGGAGUGAUAGUGUUCCGUAAAAUUCCAAUUGAAGCUGAUUUCCUGAUCGGAAUGGCCACAGUAGAGCACUACCUCUCCUACCGACACACUAAACAGGGCUCUAUCUUUAUCCAGGAGCUUUGUCGAAAGAUGGAGGAAUUGUGCCCCAAGAAAGAGGACAUGUUGUCCAUCCUGACAAAGGUGAACUUUGAAGUGAGCAAAAGGAUUUUAAAGGGCCACAAGCAGAUGCCAGAACCACGCUACACGCUGACCAAGAAACUAGUGCUGCCUAUAGACUGAAGUGUCUGGCUGAAGGAUUGACUGGACACACAAUGGACAAUCUUCCGUUUUUCUGUUACUGGAACUCAUUAUAAUUCUUCAGGGAUGAUCAAGCACUUCGCUACUAUAGUUUCGUAAUGAUCUUGCUGUUUAUUUUUUUGGAGUCUGAUCUUUAUUAUGAAAUAAAACAUUAAAGUUUACAGCACUUGGAGAAUUUAGUUGAAUGAUCAAUGCAAUAUAGAAGCAAUAACAGUUAUGUUUAAUAAUAUGCAAAAAUAAUAAGAAAAACUCAUAUUUUUAUAGGUGAAGGAUUUUGUACCAUCUGAUAUUUUGAAUGCUGUUGUAAAUGAGGAUGUCUGCCUUUAAUGUGUAGAAAAGAGAGCAGUUGUAUGAAAUCACUGAUGUAUUGAAAACCACGAAUAAACCUUGUCUUUUUUUUUUUUU